UUCUUUUUAUUUUUUCAUUGUGUUUCAGUUCUCUGCCCUCGGUGUCCCCCAACUGCAAAAUUUUAAUCCAAUUUUGCAGGCAGAGAACUGAGCCCGAAAUUUCCUCCAAAAAUUUUCCCUUCCAAACGCAAAAAUGAAAUUAGGCGACGUGGAAAAUGACCAAAUUUACCCAAUGAUGAUGGAGAGCCCCCAGCUCCGGUGGGGAUUUAUCCGGAAAGUUUACGCCAUAAUUUCAAUGCAAUUGCUUCUCACCGCCGCCGUCGCCGCCGCCGUCGUCUUCGUCCGCCCCAUUCCGAUAUUCUUCGUCAGAACGACGCCGGGCAUGAUCGCGUACGUCGGAAUCGUCAUCUUCACGUUCAUAGUUUUGUGUCCGUUGUAUGCUUAUCAUAGGAGUCAUCCGUUGAAUUUUAUUUUGCUGACUCUGUUCACCAUUGGAAUUGCGUUUUCUGUUGGAAUCUCCUGCGCUUUCACCAAAGGUGAGAUAAUACUAGAAGCGGCGGCUCUAACAAGCGGAGUUGUGGUGGGCCUGACACUAUACACAUUCUGGGCCGUGAAGCAGGGCCACGAUUUCAGCUUCCUCGACCCAUUUCUCUUCGCGUCUCUCCUCGUGCUGUUCCUAUUCGGGCUGAUCCAGAUACUGUUCCCAUUGGGAAAACUGUCGGUGAUGAUAUACAGCGCGCUGUCGGCGCUACUGUUCUGCGGCUACAUCGUAUACGACACCGACAAUCUCAUCAAACGCUUCAGUUACGACGAUUACAUUUGGGCCGCCGUCACCCUUUAUCUCGAUAUCGUUAAUCUCUUCCUUGCCCUUCUCAACCUUCUCAGAGCUCUCGACUAAAAUCCCGACUACAACUUUUUAUUUUGUGUCUAAUAAUUCUUUAAACUUCCAAUAUAUUUCGGGGUGGAAUAUACUACCCGUUUUUUAGACACCUUACCGUGAAACCAAUAUUUUUGCAAGCUUACUUUUCAAAAAUAGGAAACUAAAAAUAAAAUGGCCCUCGAUUAUUUUUAGUUUAUUUAUUUAU